ACCAAAACACGGAAGUGUCAGUCAACCUUGUUUGGCAAAGGAAGAAAGACCAAAUCAAACAGCUGUAGCUAGAUUGAAUUGAAAGGUAUUGUGAGGCCAUGCGUUUGAUGGUAACUUCACAGACAGUAAUCAUAUUUAACAAGGUUUAUGCGACAUAAUUUACACCAAAAUGUUCAAUAAAUCGUCCUCUGGGUAUCGGUAUGAGUCUCUUCUACAGAGAGACUUGGUUUCCAGCACUGGCUUAUUUGUGGAUCCAGAGAACUUUGGGCAAAAACAGUUCCUUCAUAAAGGACAUUCAUUUGAUUACAUCCCUAAAGUGAGCGAUAACAACUACACUGACACUUCUCAGGGAUGCGUGUCCUGGAUUUGUAACCUGAUUGUCACCUUCUUGGUUUAUAUCUGUAUCUUCCUCACCUUCCCUAUAUCUGGAUGGUUUGUUUUGAAAGCUGUGCCUAACUACGAGAGGGUAGUGGUGUUCCGUCUGGGUCGAGUACGUCCUCCGAAGGGUCCUGGAAUAGUCCUGGUGCUGCCUCUCAUCGACCAGUGGCAGAGGGUGGAUCUACGCACUCGAGCCUUCAACAUCCCUCCCUGUAUUGUGACCACUCAGGAUGGAGGUCUGGUGUCCGUUGGAGCAGACAUCCAGUUCAGGAUCUGGAGCCCAGUCAUGUCAGUGGUGGCAGUGCAGGACCUGAAUGCCUCAACACGGCUCACUGCACAGAACGCCAUGACCCACUGCCUCGGUAAGAAGACUGUAAGAGAGAUCCAGACUGAGAAAAUCAAACUGGGGGAGUACCUCGGGAUGGACAUCAAUGAGAUGACUCGCCCCUGGGGGCUGGAGGUGGACAGGGUGGAGCUGAUGGUGGGGGCUGUGCUGAAAGCCCCAGAGGACUGCACAGGACAGUUCAUCAUGCCUCCAUCUGUGCCUGGCCUGGAAGGCCUGGCUGGCCCCAUCCAGCAGCUAGCUAUGCACUUCCUGGGUAAAAGUGAAAUCCAGACAAACAAAGAAGACACCGUGAGCCUUACAGAUGAGCUGAGCGUGGCUCCCCAGGCUGCGGCCAGGCCUGGCUCAGUAGAGGAGCUGCUGGGGGUGGUGAAGUUGUUCCUGUCAGAGUCCCUGGUCAGCCAGGUGGGGGCCUGCUUCCAGUUUCACAUCAGCUCCUCAGACGGACAGGACAGUAUCUGCUACGUGGAUCUGAGCCAAGGCGGUGGCUCGGCUGGGACCGGACUCCCAGAUCAGAAGCCUGACGUCACACUCAGUAUGAGUGACGAGGACCUGCUGGCCAUGUUUGAGGGCAGCUUGCGCCCCUACGCUGCCUACACCAGUGGAAGACUGAAGGUCCAGGGGGAGCUGAAAACGGCCAUGAAGCUGGAGGGCCUUAUUAAACUCAUUAGGAAAUAAGUCUUUGCACAAACAGAAAUGUUAUAUUUUAAAAGGAAAAGUUGAUUUUGAAAUAGCUUACCACAAGAUGUGUUGGAACAAUAGAAGUUUGCUGACAAGAUUCCUUUAUUUAUUUCAGUCGUCGAGAUAUCAUGUUAACGUUGAAUAAUUUUGUAUUGUAGUAUUCUGUGCAAGUGUAAUUUCUGCUGCUGACAUUUCACAUUUUAAAUCAGUGUCUGUUAUGUGCAUGUUUUUAUAAUAAAAUUCAUGGAUUUCA